CGGUAAUAUUCAUUAGUAGUAUACUGCGUGAUUGACACGGUACCGCGAUAUGAACAAGCUAGCGACGCGGUGCAUAUAUAUGGAAUCGAUGGAUUAAACUCAUAACGUAGCCGGCCUAGUGCAUAAUACUCCGAUCCUAUUAAUAUAUACUCCUGAACGUAGAGAUCGAAGAAGUUAAGCUAAUUAAGAUAUGGCGCUGCAGGGUGAUGGAGUUAUGGCGGCGGCGUCAUCCAGAUUAUCGCUUCUUUUGGUUGCGGCCGCCAUGGGUGCGAUUAUAAGGUGCAGCUGGGCGGACAACCUGACCGACCCUGACCACAAUAUAAUGAAUGAGCUGAAAAGUGGUCUCAUAUUUAGACCUAAUUCGUCGGUCUACAGCGUAUUGAGUGGACCCGGACCGUGCCCCUGGGGACGGGACCCUAUUAAUAUGUGCAACAAAGUUGAUGAUGAGGGAACUCUCCGGGUUACACGCGUCAACAUCUCGUCUCAGGCUGCCGGCGGGACGCUGCCGCUCAAUCUUAAAAACCUGACCAAGUUGGAGCUCUUCGAUGCGUCGAACAACAACCUCACAGGGGCAAUUCCCAAAUUUGCCGACUCGCUUAUCUUUCUUUCUCUUCACACUAACAACCUUUCUGGAGAAAUACCCGACUUAUCUCAUCUCAACCAAUUGACGCAUCUCGAUAUUUCUAAUAACCAGCUUACUAACGGUGUCCCGCCAUCCAUUGAAGCUUUGAUCAAUCUUAAAUAUCUGAAUCUUUCUAAUAAUAAGCUUACCGGCUCUAUCCCUCACAGGCUCACACGUUUGACCGCACUAGAGACACUAGAUCUGUCUAAUAAUCGGCUUAGUGGCCUUGUCCCUCAAUUUAAUUACUCUCUUGGGGAAGUGAUUACAUGUGGGAAUCUCCUUUUAUCAGGUGAAAUGGGGAAGCCAUGUUAGGGGUGAGUGGAAGAUGAUGAAGUUACAAUAAUGAUGGAUGGUGUUUGUUUUUAGGGUUUCUUAGCUUCAUCACUUUUGUUCGUUCCAUCUUAUAUCUUUUUUAACGUACUUAUAUCUGUUUUAAAUAAAGAUGUUGGCCUGUUUAACGUACUUGUAUCGUGAAGAGGUAUUACAUGUUAGGUAAAUUCUAUGAUACCCAUAAGGUAUUAUACAUUUAUCCACAUGGAUCAAUGAGAAUGUAGCAGUUGAAUUAUUUAAAUCUAAAUUAAAAAUGAUAAAGUGAUGUGGUCCAAUCAAAU